AUGCUGUUACAUCAGGCACAAGCUGAACUAACCAGAUUUUUACACUUGGAGGAAGAGUAUUGGAAGCAGAAAGCUGGUAUGAAAUGGUUCAAUGAUGGAGAUAGAAAUACAAAAUUCUUCCAUUCAUAUGUGAGGGGCAGGAGGAAUAAGUUAACUUUGAAAAGAAUACAAGAUCCUUCUGGUACAUGGUUGGGAAAUGAAGUAGAUAUUGGUUCUGAAGCAAUCAGAUUUUUUGAGGCACAGUUUAGUGAACAAAAUUCAGGACGGGAUUAUGCAUUAUUGAAAAAUAUUCCUAAAUUGAUAACUGAAGAACAGCAAAAGAAUAUGCAAGAGUUGCCAUCUGAAAGUGAAGUAAAGGAGGCUGUAUUUUCACUCAAUGGGGAUAGUGCUAGUGGGCCUGAUGGACUCAUAGGACAGUUCUAUCAAAAGUGUUGGGAGGUUAUCAAAUUGGAUGUGAUUCAAAUGACAGGAUUUGUGAAAGGAAGGAGCAUUGCAAAAAACAUAUUGCUGGCACAGGAGAUCAUCAGAGAUAUUAACUUGAGAGCUAAACAUACUAAUGUGGUGAUCAAAUUAGACAUGGCAAAGGCUUAUGAUAGACUUUCCUGGAUGUUUUUGACUAAAGUAUUGAGACAGUUUGGGUUUGGAGAGGUUAUCAUUGAUUUAGUAUGGAGAUUGCUUUCAAACAACUGGUAUUUAGUAUUAAUCAAUGGACAAAGUCAUGGUUUUUUCAGAUCAAGUAGGGGGGUAAAACAAGGUGAUCCACUUUCUCCUACAUUGGUCAUUAUAGCAGCAGAGGUUUUAACAAGGAGUCUGAAUAAGCUGCAUGAGAAGCCAAGUUUCAUAGGCUAUGGAAUGCCAAAAUGGAGUCCUCAAAUCAAUCAUCUAUCAUAUGCUUAUGACACAAUAUUAUUCUGUUUUGGGGAUGGAUGUUCUCUAAAACUAAUGAUGAAGAGACUGAGGAAUUAUGAAAAGGCUUCAGGACAGCUGGUCAAUACUGAUAAAAGCUGUUAUUAUAUUCAUCACAAAGUCCCAGCCAGAGUUAAUAGAAGGAUUAAAAGACAUACAAAGAUGAGAAAUGGAUCCUUUCCUUUCACAUAUUUAGGUUGUCCAGUGUUCUAUGGAAGAAGGAAAUUGAUAUACUAUGAGGAUCUGAUCAAAAAAGUGAUGAAAAGGAUUCUAUCUUGGCAAAAUAGACUGUUAUCUUUUGGAGGCAGAUAUGUGUUGAUCAAUCAUGUGGUGCAAACCAUGCCAGUGUAUUUACUAUCAGCCAUGAAUCCUCCUUCUGGGGUGAUAAAACAACUGCACAAGAUCUUUGCCAAAUUCUUAUGGAGCAAUACAGUAGGGGUGAAAAGCAAACAUUGGGUGGCAUGGGACAAAUUAUGUUUACCAAAAGAUGAAGGAGGCAUUGGUCUUAGAUCACUAACUGAUAUAUCUAAGGCUUUAUUUGCUAAGUUGUGGUGGAAUUUUAGAAGUGGAAGAAGCUUAUGGGGGAGUUACAUGUUGAAUAAAUAUUGCAAGAAAUGGCAUCCUAUUAUGGCAAUAGAGAGAGGAGGAUCUCACACAUGGAAGAAGAUGUAUGAGAAUUGGACAAGGCUUGGGGCAUUAUAUUAUAUCAUUCCUGAUACUGCUAGAGAGGAAGAAAUAGAGGUUAGACAGUUUGUGAAGAAAGGGGAAUGGAACAUGGAACUGUUAACAUCCACUCUAGAUCAGGAAUUGGCUCAGCAUAUCAAAGAAAAUAUCAAGGUACCAGUUGAAGAAGAGGAUGAUGAACCAAGUUGGAUGCUGGAAACAAAUGGCAGAUUUUCAGUUAAAUCUGCAUGGGAAUUUCUCAGACACAGAGAAAGCAAACAAGCAAGUAUCCCCACAGAUGGAGUUGGUCUACAUCAAAUGAUCAUGGCAUGGUGGACUGCUGAGACAAAACCAAAAUUGCAGCCUAUGUAUAGAGCAAUACCUGCAGUGAUCAUGUGGUCAUUGUGGAAGAGAAGAAACUCCAUUAAAUAUGGAGGAUCAGUGUCCUUCUUCAGACUGAAACAACAAGUACAGCAUAUACUACAUCAACUGAUAAGGAAGAGAUUCCCAUGGCUGCACAUUGUAUUUGCUGAGUGGGAAUAUAUGCAUCACCACCUAAGUAGAUAUAAACCAAAAUUUUAUUAUGCUAAGGUGGUCUGGAUAAUGCCACCUUCAGGGAGAUUAAAAUGCAAUACAGAUGGGGCAAGCAAGGGCAAUCCUGGACUCAGUUCAUAUGGUUUCUGCAUCAGAUAUUGUAAUGGGGAUUUGGUCUAUGCUGAAGCACAACAAAUGGGAAUGGCAACAAACAUGGAAGCUGAAACUGUGGCUCUAAAACAAACAUUGAAGUUCUGUAAAGAGCACAACCUUCAACAAGUGCAAUUGGAGACUGAUUCACUUCUCCUCCUAAACAUCUUUCAAGAUACAUGGACCACUCCAUGGGAACUGAGGAGUCAGAUAGAAGAGAUCAAACAGGAUAUGAGAGUUAUGCAGGUACAGAUUAACCAUAUAUUCAGAGAAGGCAACAGGUUGGCAUACUUUCUAGCAAGCUAG